CGCAAGUACUUCCGGGUGAGCGGGUCGCCGACCUUGUGGCCCCGCCCCUCCCCGCCGCCUCCGCUCGCCGCUGGGGCUACGGCUUCUCCCGGGGCGGGAUCCCGCUGCCAGCUCGGGCUCGGCGCGGAGGGGCCGCCGGCGUGAGUGCGAGAGCGUCGGCCGGCGCCGGGCGCUGCCCGCUCCCCAGCCCCGCGCGCUCGCUCGCUCGCCCGCUCGCUCGUGGGGGGGGCCGGCGCCGGAGUCGCGCCCCGCGCCCCACGCCCCUCGCCCGCUUCGUCCCCGGCUCGCGGCGGGCCGGCGGCGCCCCGGAGCCAGGCCUGAAAACAGAAUUAAACCACUUUUUACAGUUAAAGAACUAUUAAGAAGACAACAUGGGGACUCCUGGUUCUGGAAGAAAAAGGACCCCUGUGAAAGAUCGAUUUUCUGCAGAGGAUGAAGCAUUGAGUAACAUAGCGAGAGAGGCAGAGGCAAGGCUGGCAGCAAAACGGGCUGCCCGGGCAGAAGCAAGAGAUAUACGAAUGAGAGAACUGGAACGACAACAAAAAGAGCACUCUCAUCAUUCCUUUGAUCGGAAAUGGGGACAGAUCCACAAGUGGCUGGAAGAUUCCGAAAGGGCCAGGUUUUCUCAUCGAUCUGGUCAUCGUCGUUCUUACCUGGGAGUUGAGGAUGCAUUGAACAUUCGAAGCCUUGGCAGUCACAGGUAUGAUGCUCUCAAGGAUAGAUCUUCAAGAUUUUCAUCAUUAAAUCAUUCUAACAGCUACUCUCCUGGAAUGAAGAAGAGAUCUUCUGGUUCUCAUAAGGACCCACUGAGCGGACUCUACUUUGACCAGAGAAACUAUAGCAGUCUUAGAUAUAGCAAACCCACCUCUGCCUACUACACUCGGCAGUCGUCUUCCUUGUGCAGCGACCCUCUGGCGACAUCUAAGACUAACAGGGUCUCCCCUACCGCAGAUACUGCUCUGUUGAGAAGUGCCAGUCUGGCAUCAUUGUAUGAUGGUGGAUUGUAUAGCCCUUAUGGUUCUCGAACUCCAUCUGAAUACAGUUACCACUCUUCGAGAGCAAGUUCAACCCGAAGCAGUCCUGUGUUCACCAGUGAUGAUACUGCGAGCAUUGCAUCUUCUGGUCAUGCCAGUCGUGGGCGAAGGGAGAGUGUGGUGUCUGCGGCGGAUUAUUUCAGCCGCUCACAUCGCCGGGGAAGCAGAGUCUCUGAGCUGGACGAUGCCAGUGUCCCCGACCUGACCUGUUUGGAUGAAAAAUCUGACAAACAGUAUGCUGAAAAUUAUACAAGGCCUUCAUCUCGAAAUUCUGCCUCAGCAACGACCCCUCUAAGUGGAAACUCAUCCAGACGGGGAAGUGGGGACACCAGCAGUUUAAUAGAUCCAGAUACUUCAUUAAGUGAAUUGCGGGAUAUCUAUGAACUUAAGGACCAGAUACAGGAUGUAGAAGGGAGAUACAUGCAGGGACUGAAAGAACUGAAGGAAUCUUUAUUUGAAGUUGAAGAAAAGUACAAGAAAGCCAUGGUUUCCAAUGCACAGUUAGACAAUGAGAAGAACAAUUUGAUCUACCAGGUAGAUACCCUCAAGGAUGUGAUUGAAGAACAGGAGGAACAGAUGGCAGAAUUUUAUAGAGAAAAUGAAGAAAAAUCAAAGGAAUUAGAGAGGCAGAAACAUAUGUGUAGUGUGCUUCAGCACAAGAUGGAUGAACUUAAAGAAGGUCUUCGACAAAGAGAUGAACUCAUUGAGGAAAAUCAGCGCAUGCAGCAAAAAGUAGACAACAUGACAAAAGAGGUGUUUGAUCUUCAGGAGACACUUCUUUGGAAAGAUAAAAUCAUUAGGGCCCUAGAGAAGCAGAAGGAGUACAUUGCCUGCCUUAGGGAGGAGCGGGACAUGCUCCGAGAGGAGCUGGCUGACCUGAAGGGGACAGUGAGCACAGGAGAGAAACAUGGCUUAGUUAUAAUCCCUGAUGGCACGCCCAAUGGUGACAUCAGUCAUGAGCCCGUGGUUGGAGCCAUCACUGUGGUGUCUCAGGAAGCGGCUCAGGUCUUGGAGUCAGCCGGAGAAGGGCCUCUCGAUGUAAGGCUACGAAAACUUGCUGGAGAAAAGGAAGAGCUGCUAUCACAGGUGAGAAAGCUGAAGCUGCAGCUAGAGGAAGAACGGCAGAAGGGCGCCAGGAGCGACGGCGCGGUGGGCGACCUGGCAGGGCUGCAGAAUGGCUCGGACCUGCAGUUCAUCGAAAUGCAGAGGGAUGCCAACAGACAAAUUAGUGAGUACAAGUUCAAGCUUUCAAAAGCAGAACAGGAUAUCACCACGCUGGAGCAAAGUAUUAGCCGGCUCGAGGGACAGGCGCUGAGAUACAAAACUGCUGCGGAGAAUGCUGAGAAAAUAGAAGACGAGCUGAAAGCAGAGAAGAGGAAAUUACAACGGGAGUUACGAACAGCACUGGACAAGAUCGAGGAGAUGGAAAUGACCAAUAGCCACCUGGCCAAGCGGCUGGAGAAGAUGAAGGCCAACAGGACAGCGCUGCUAACCCAGCAGUAGGGACCGUCCACCUGCCUGGGUCCUGCCCUGAGGGACUGACUUUGUCCAUUGACACAAAACCCUCUGAGUACUGUUUGCGUUUUGUCAGUAAAAAUAGCCACCUUUGUAUUUUAUAAUUUAUGAGAGAAUGAAAGAGGUUUGAUUCUUCAUGAAUGAAUACUUUGGAUUUUGUUUGUAGUUUGAUUCUAGACUUAAAACUGGUCUCUGUUUUUUUUUUUUGUUUUUUAAUUUCCAUCAUUUUAGAAUCACAUUAACUCACCAGUUUGCCCCCAGCUGCCUGCGCCUGGCAUCCUGAGGCGUGGGCUGAGGGCCCGGCGGGGAGCGUGCUGUGAGUGCUCUCUGAAAUGCUGGCAGGAGACCUCCGGAAACACAAGUGCCUUCUCCACCGAGGAUCCAGACCUCAGUGAUGUCCAGUGGUCAAAAGACAUUUACCCACCACGAUAGAGAGUGUUUCUAUUUUAGUAACGAAACAGUUUCUCAGGACGAGAAUCCGUUUCACUCAAAUUUCUAUGUUUGGAGGGGGAAAAAACCUCUUUUUUUGUAAGAUAUUUAAAUUUAUAUAAGAAAACAUUAGAAAAAAAUGGGAUGUGUAUAUAAAACUUGCUUUAUUGCAUGGGGCACGCGACAGUAUGGCCCCAUCGUCUUCAAGGAAGAGCAGGUGCCUCCGUCCUCAGCACCGACCGUGCUGCACCUGGCCAAGUACUCACCUGCUGCUCACCUAUGGAUUGAAACCUCAGACAAGCCCAAGGGCAGGGAGGGCUGGGGCGGGCGGGCAGCAGGCGUGAAGACUGCCUGAAGACUCUAUUAAACGGACACUUUGCUGACCACAACUGGCUGCUGAACUAUUUUGUUAAAGGAGCCGUUACAACAACUCACGGCAACCUUGCCCUUCAAUCUUGCCCCUCUCUUUUGGAAAAAAACAAGCUGGAAUCUAGCACUUUUCCUUUCAGGAACUUUAGUAUCUUCUUUAAAAGUAACCCAGGCCAUGAGGUUUUAGCACAAGUCAGGCCACUUUACAGGAUCUGUGGUUCUUUUUUUGCUUCUACAACCUGUGUUUUUAUGGAAAUGAGUAUUGUAUCUUCAGUAUGUUUACAUAGGAAAAAUACUGGGUUAAGUUUUAAUGAAUCAAGGCCCACAUAAUAAAAUUAGACUUGAAACUAGAUAAUAAAGUUUAACUCAAAUGUGAAUUAAAUCUCUAAUAUUCUUUAGCUCGUUGUUUUUAAAAUACAGAAACCAAUGUCCUGAAUUAAGGUUUUUCCUUCUUCUGGUAGUAAUAGCCGUUGUGUGCGUGGGGCUGGCGUGUGAGAGGGAGACCUAUUCUGACACGCAAGUCGACCCAGAGCCCACGCCUGCUUCCCUGUUUCAUCCUCGGGCCUGGGGCUCAUGGAGCUCAUGUCCUGGCCUAUCCUUUUAGAAAGCCUUAAGUGUUAGGCCUCUUAUGUGGUGUAACAGUAGGUCAAAUAUGUCUUUUCUACCUUUCAAACAGAAUGGCUUCAAUGCUUGGCAAGUUUUCUGUUCUUGCCCAGAGGUUUCUUCACCAAGGAAUCUUGUGACAUUACUGAGUGACCUUUACCUGUGGACCAACCCGCUUGCACCCCUGCAGCUGUGUGCAUCUGUUCAUACAGGAAUACCAAGGUGGCUUACUCGCAUGUAUUUCAGUUACAUUUGUAUCUUUACAUCAUCCUUCAAACAGUAUCCAGGACUUUUAUUUGGUUUUUGGGCCACAAAAGCCUACUGUGCUCAGGGCUUAUUCCUGGCUCUAUGCUCAGGGAUCACUCUUGGCAAGCUUGGGGGACUAUAUGGGGUGUUGGGGAUCGAGUCCAGGAUGGCUAUGUACAAAGCAAGCACCUUACCGGCUGGAUAUCGUGUAUUUUGCUUAGGUUGGCAGUUUGCAGCAAAGUGGGCUAACACUAAAAACUGUUAAAGCUACAGACUGUUUAAGGGACUUUCUUCCUUCAAGUUAUUUUCGUUGAGAAUGUAUUAACUGGGUCAUAGAGUGCUCACUGGGCUGAAGUUCUUACAGGAGGCCCAUGUUUGAUUCCUGGCACUGCAUGGUCCCCUGCAUGACCCCAAAAGUUAAUUUGUCCUGGUUAGUGGGGACAUUAAUGAAUCAUUGAUUCAGUGGUCUCCAAUUAGUGUCAUUAGGUAAUCUUAAUAAGUUUAGAACCCCUGAACGAAUAAUAUAUAGAAAUCCACAUAAAAGAAAUCUAUCAGAGGAGACAGAGUGAUAGCACAGUGGGUAGAGCAUUUGCCUUGCAGGUGGCUGACCCGGGUUCGACUCCCAGCAUCCCAUAUGGUCCCGUGAGCAUCGGCUGGAGUAAUUCCUGAGUGCAGAGCCAGGAGUAACCCCUGUGCAUUGCCAGGUGUGACCCA